UGAUUACGAUAUUCGAAAUUCUUGACGCAUCAUAUGAAAAUGACAACUGACGUUUGUCAUGUCAUUGCGAUAAGAAAAAGAAGAACAAGAAGAAAAGAACAUUUAUGCAUUCUCAACAGUGUUUGCAAAAAAAUCAGGCAAUAUAUACUGUUAUCGGUGGCUUCGGUUUACGUUGCACGUCGAACGCCCUAUUUAUUUUCAACCUUGCACCUUCUAACCAAGCCCGAAAAGAGUGUAUUAUGUGUAGCUUUUCGCAAAGGAACGAUCGAUCAUUGCUUACACAUAACAGCGGUUAUGAAUAGACAUUCUAUAUUGCAUCUGCAACUAUCUGCUGACAACAAGCACAUUUAGCAUCAGUACCGUGCAAGAGGACUCGAUACGAUACGUACAUCCGUGGUGAUGUAAAACAGUGGUGCGGAUUAAAGCAAUGGAUAAAAGCAAAUCACCUGUACGUCGUGCUAAACGUCAAUCUAAAGUGGUGGAAGAAAAUUUCUGGGACUGCAGCGUCUGUACUUAUCGCAACACUGCUGAAGCUUUCAAGUGUUUAAUGUGCGACGUGAGAAAAGUUUACUCCGUUCCAGGAACAUCCACGCGAAAGCCGCGACUAAAUUCUGCACUAGCGGCACAACAGGCAGCCACGCAAGCCUUUCCCGGUGCGUCCGGUGGGUCACAGGCCGGUUCGAACGUGAAAUCUCCCGGCGGCACAAAAACACCUCGGAGCAAAGGGAAGCGUUCAAAGCAUCCGGCGCGAUUAAAAAAUAUUGAUCGCUCCAGCGGACAGACUCGUGAAGUGACCGUUAAUUCGGUUACGGUGGUCAUUACCGAGUAUAAACCAAAGCCCUCCGUUAGUCGGCAUGAUUCGAGUGAAAGUUUUAGUGAGAGCAAUGAUUCUAGAAGUUAAGCGUACUUCCGUACUUGGCUGCUUUCUUAGGUAAUAUAUGCGGUUAGAAUGUUAAAGUCUACGCGUAAUGUAAAAAGGUACGUGAACAAUAUGAUUGGUUUGGUCUGAGUAAUGUAUCGCAAAUGAUAAGGAUACGUUCAAUACUUUUCAAUUCAUUUCUUGUGCAUAAUACAAUCGUUUUCUUAGCAAACUUUUUUUCCUAUCGUGAAGGUAUUUUGUUUUGCAUACAUACAGACUCUCGUUAGGUAUGCAACAGUUAUGGUUUAUGGUACAAAAUCAGCUCCUAUGCAUAGGAAAUACAAGAAAAAUGCUCUAUAGUACUGAACUAGCAGAAAUAGGAGUUCAGAACUGGUAUUUAUCAAUUACAAGUAAACUUAGCAAGGUAUCACAACAAACCAUGAUAACUUUCAACUGUGUUAACAAAAUUCAAUCCUUAAGUCUUCAUUAAACACUAACACAAUGGGCGGUUAUGUUGAAGAGGAAUCUUGAUGUGAGAAACGAAUCGUCGUGACGGUUGAUGCUCUUUUCAGGAAAUCAGGAAAACAUUGUUUAAGCUUAGGUUUGUAAUUUUUAUGCUUCAUAUUAUCGAAACAGGUAAAGAGGUAAAUAAAUUUUAACAUUACUGUAAAGGAAACACGCACUCAGUGUAUCUUUGCUUGUAAUGAACAAAAAAUAGUAUUUUAUAGUAUAGCAGAAAUCCGCAAAACUGCCAGCUUCCAACUACGUAACAAUUGAUUAUAACUUCAUCACGUACACGGAUGGUAGAAUGAUACUGUAAAUGAAUAAACUUAACAAUACGAUAAUCCUAUA